UGCUUAAAUAGCAGCCUGGAUUUCAUGGGUGGGGUAACAAUCAUGUGAAGAACACAUUUGUCUCUUUAGGAAAGGUUUCAUCAACAAAAUGAAAGUGAGGCACAGCGAUGUGCUUGUCCCAUCUGACAUAGUGGGACACUUUAGCUGGACCCCUUCCUUGUCCUCUUGGUGUGCCCCCACCCGAAGACUUCCCUUCCCGUCCUCCACCUCCACCUCCCCCCUCUCCGGCCGCCCCUGUGAUGCCUCCCUCGUGCUGUGGCUACCUGUCACAGUACACUCAUCAUCAUCUGGUUGUCUUCCUGCUCACCUUCUUUAGCUACGUGUUGCUGCACGCCUCCAGGAAGACGUUCAGCAAUGUUAAAGUGAGCAUAUCGGCCCAGUGGACGCCAUCUGUCCAGAAUGGCAGCGCGUUCUCCCCCGGCGAGACUUGGGAGGACCAUCGCAUGUUUUCGGAUGAAAGGAACGCCACUCUGUUCUUGGGAGCCCUGGACUCCAUCUUCCUCUUCUCGUAUGCAGUGGGUCUGUAUUUGAGCGGGGUGGUCGGGGACCGAUUUAACCUGCGCUACGUGCUCUGCUUCGGCCUGUGUGGCUCUGCCGCGGUGGAGUUCAUGUUCGGCACCCUCACCGAAUGGCUCCACAUCUACAACGUCUAUGUGUACUGCAUCCUGUGGGUGGUGAACGGCCUGCUGCAGUCGGCGGUCUGGCCCUCCGUCGUGGCCGUCAUGGGCAACUGGUUCGGCAAGCAGGGCCGUGGCUUUGUGUUCGGCUUGUGGAGUGCUUGUGCCUCCGUGGGAAACAUCCUGGGAGCCUUCCUGGCUUCUAGCGUGCUCAAGUACGGCUAUGAGUACGCCUUCCUCGUGACAUCAGUCAUCCAGUUUGCCGGUGGCGUGGUGGUGUUCUUUGGCCUGCUUACCUCUCCAAAAGAAAUCGGUCUGAGCUCCGACUCAGAGACCGGACUGAGUGCCUUGGAGACGGACUCCGACAGCCACAGGCCUUUGAUGAGUGACGGGGAGGCAGAGGACGACGACGACAAGGAGGAAGAGGUGGAGGCGCAGGACGAACCUCUACCUGCGCCUCCCCGAGCCAUCACCUUCUGCCAGGCCUUCUGUCUGCCCGGGGUGCUGCCUUACUCCCUGGCUUAUGCGUGUCUGAAGCUGGUCAACUACUCCUUCUUCUUCUGGCUUCCUUUCUACCUGAGCAACAACUUUGGCUGGAAGGAAGCUGAGGCCGACCGGCUGUCGGUGUGGUACGACGUUGGAGGAAUCCUCGGAGGGACCGUUCAGGGGUUGAUCUCUGACCUCAUGGGAAAGCGAGCGCCGGUGUUGGCCAUCAGCCUGGCGCUGGCGAUGGGAGCCCUAGUGGGAUACAGCAACUCGCCUAAUGACCAGGUGAUAAACGCAGCGCUGUUAGCUGCCACGGGCUUCUUCAUCGGCGGUCCAUCUAAUAUGAUCAGCUCGGCCAUAUCUGCUGACCUCGGGAGACAGGAGGCCCUGAGGGGCAGUCAGCAGGCGCUGGCUACCGUCACCGGCAUAGUGGAUGGAACCGGGAGCAUAGGAGCUGCUUUUGGACAGUACCUGGUGUCCCUAAUUGAAGGCAAACUGGGCUGGAUAUGUGUCUUCUACUUCUUCAUCGUCAUGACAGGGGGCAGCAUUCUGUUCAUCUCUCCGUUGCUGUUCAAAGAGGUGCGAGCCAUGUGGAGAGACAGACAAGCGCUGCGACGCCAGCUGUGAGGGCGUCCAACAUCUGCAAACGGCUGCUUUUUAGGUGUGUUUCCGGGAGUUGAAGUGAUUUUCGUGGCACGCUGCUUCUCACUGCCACAGUAGACCCGGAGUUAUGGAGACACCACUUUGAUUCCCACAACCGCCGAUGUAAGCAGAGCGUCUCUGAGCACUGAAGUCUUAUCCACUUACAAAAAGCCUAAACAUGUAAGCGCACACUUCUUCUAGCGGGACGUAGAGGUUGUGUUGAAGUGCCUGUUUUGAAAAUGGGCUUUUAAAGGGAGCUGUCCAGUCUGUGAAUUCAAGCCUCGUGGGGCCAUCGCGGAAUGUACUACUCUAUAUAUUUUAUGAUUUUAAAUGGAUGUAAAAACCUUUUUUGAAAAUGUAAACUGGGCCAAGUUGAAAUGAAGUUUUGCCUUUUUUUUAAAUCACGGGUUCUUAACUUAAAGGUCAGACACUCUGGAUCGCCUAAAGAAUGUGAAUAAUAAUUGUGUUGUAGAUAUGUAUAAUAAUUGGGCUGCUUGUGGUGGAGGUAAUGAAAAUUGCACUGUGGUGUGGUAAUAAGGAAGAGUCUUGAUGAUUUUAGUGAGCCACUCACAUCCUAGCUGGGUUUUUGGGCAACUUUCUUUUCACGGCCAUUUCAUUUGUUUACAGUUUUGCACAAUCAGGGUUGGAAAAUAUACAGGGAUUGGUUCUCUUGAUUGUGUCAAAGAUGGAUAUAUAUAUAUACAUAUACUUAUACUUGUUCCUUUUUCAAGUUUUAGUGUCUUAAGUCACAAGCUAUAGCUGUGAAAACCGUCACACAAACACACGAGGAAACCCGACAAGAAAAGUCCACCAUUGUCUUAUUUCACACAUUGGGUUCAGCAUCACUUCCCUAUUGCACAUUAAAGUGUACAAUUUAUACUGACAUUUCUGAACACACGUUUUGCCGGUUUGUAGCAGAAGCUGCUUGUUGUUGGGGGGGAUUUUCACUGUAAAUCUGUUUCUGAACAGAUUUGUUACAUUUGUGAGGCAAAUGAAGGUACAAAAAAAUACUUUAAUAUCAAUACUUGUCAUUGGUGUAUACAAAAUAAUACGGUAACAGCAGUUAUGAGCAGGUUUUUGUUAUGGCUGCUUGUCUACUCAACGAGAACACUUUGUCUUGGUUAAACUCAGUGAACGGCACUACGAGUAGUGAUUAUACACACACACCAGAUUAGCUCAACUGUUUAAAGUGCUUUUGACAUCUGUAACAUCUGGGCAUUUUGGUAUCCUCUUCCUCUCUGUUUAGGAGCACCUCUGAUGUCUCUACACUUGCCAAAUGUAAAACAAUACCAAUUGAAAAAAUAUAUAUUGAAUUUGUAACACUAUUUGUGGUGCAUCUUUUAUUUUUAUUGAUGCUUACUUUACGUUUAAACUGAUGUAAAUGCAUAUUUAUUUUAAAUAAAUGCAAAUUACAUUUUGA